GCCGGUUAUAAAGCUUAGGCCAAGUAUAGAUUUACGCUGCUGAAAAAUAGCUUAAUCACUAUUACACAGCCGGAUCUUUGUUUACACAGCAAAUCAAGGGAAGAGUAGGAGCUAUCCGGUUGAAUUAGAAAUAGAUCUAGCUAGACCUAUACUACAGCUAUGUCGGAAAUAAAAGGUGAUAUUGCCCUUAUUGGGUUGGCAGUGAUGGGACAGAAUUUGAUCCUCAAUAUGAAUGACCAUGGUUUUACUGUGGUUGCAUUUAAUAGAACUGUUUCUAAAGUGACAGAGUUUUUGAACAAUGAAGCCAAAGGAACAAAAAUAAUUGGGGCCACCUCACUACAAGAUAUGGUCAGUAAGUUGAAAACUCCACGAAGGGUCAUGUUGCUGGUCAAAGCUGGGUCUGCUGUGGAUGAUUUUAUAAACAGUUUGGUGCCUUUGCUUGAAAAAGGGGACAUCAUCAUUGAUGGAGGAAACUCAGAAUAUACAGAUUCUAUUCGUCGAUGUAAAUCCUUGAAAGAGAAAGGUAUUCAUUUUAUUGGUAGUGGGGUGAGUGGUGGUGAGGAGGGUGCAAGGUAUGGGCCAUCUCUAAUGCCUGGAGGAGCUGAAGACGCUUGGCCAGCUGUCAAAGACAUUUUCCAGUCCAUCUCUGCUAAGGCUGAUAAUGAGCCUUGUUGUGAUUGGGUGGGGCCAGAAGGUGCUGGUCACUUUGUUAAAAUGGUCCACAAUGGAAUUGAGUAUGGAGACAUGCAGCUUAUUUGUGAGGCUUAUCAUGUGAUGAAAGCCGCACUAGGGCUAACUCAUGCUGAGAUGGCUGAUGUUUUUGAAGACUGGAAUAAAGGAGAAUUAGAGUCUUUCCUGAUUGAAAUAACACGUGAUAUAAUGAGAUACAAUGACACUGAUGGGAAACCACUUGUAGAGAAAAUUAGGGAUUCUGCUGGGCAAAAAGGAACUGGGAAAUGGACAGCUAUUUCUUCACUAGAGUAUGGUGUACCUGUCACGCUAAUAGGUGAAGCAGUUUUUGCCCGCUGUUUGUCAUCAUUGAAAGAUGAAAGAGUUUUAGCCAGUAAAGAAAUCACAGGUCCAAGUGUUACCAAAUAUAGUGGGGACAAAAAAGCUUUUAUUGAAGAUAUCAGAAAAGCCUUGUAUGCAUCAAAAAUUGUGUCGUAUGCUCAAGGAUUUAUGCUAAUGAGAGAAACAGCAAAAGAACUGGGGUGGAAGUUAAAUUUUGGUUCCAUAGCUUUAAUGUGGAGAGGAGGAUGCAUUAUAAGAAGUGUCUUUCUUGGCAAUAUAAAACAAGCCUAUGACAAGAACCCAAACCUUAGUAAUCUCUUAUUAGAUGAGUUCUUCAAGAAAGAGAUCCAGAAAUGUCAGGAUUCGUGGAGAAGAGUUGUAUCCAAUGCUGUUCUUCUUGGUAUUCCCACGCCUGCAUUCAGUACAGCCUUAGCUUUCUUUGAUGGUUACAGAAGUGAAACUUUACCUGCCAACCUUAUUCAGGCUCAGAGAGACUACUUUGGUGCCCACACAUAUGAGCUCAAUGAUGCUCCAGGAAAAUACAUUCACACCAACUGGACAGGCAGGGGAGGCAAUGUUUCUUCAUCAACCUAUCAAGCAUAAGAUGUAUCAGUGUUCUGUGACUGAGCUCUUGUAUCAAAAUGAAAUUUAUAAAAUAAAAAAAAAAAGAAUACAAUUAGCCCUGGCAAAUUUAAAGAAAAAUUGUCAUUGAAGAAUGCUACUGAAGAAAUUGUUUCAAAAAGUUGUUGAUUUAGAAAAAUCAUAUUUGACUUUAUUUAGGAAAAAAAUGUUUUGUAGUUUAAUCACCUGUAAAGAUAUUUAGAACUCUAUUUUAUAUUAUGAUUGAUUUUAUAGAAAUUUUAUUGUAUUCUAUAUUCUUCUGUUUAUUCUUUCAACCCUUUUUUAAAAAAAGUUUUUAAGAUUAAUGGUUAUUCAGGUAUUUUACUCAUUUUUUAAAAUGCCUUUAAACAUUUUUCUCAGAAUUUUUUUACAUUAAAUUUGUUAAGAUAUUGUUUAUGAAAAUAAAUAUUGAUGAAUAUAUCUGACAUGGUGUAAAGAAAUUUUUAUAUUAUGCUUAAUAGAAUGCUGUCAUUUCUAUUAGGGACCAAGAUAUUAAAAGUUAUGUAACUAAA